AUGGCCUGUUUCCGUGCUGUGAUUGUUAUAUGGUUAUAUGGCUGGAAGUUGGAGACUGGGGGCUGGAAGUUGGAGGCUGGAAGUUGGAGGCUGGAGACUGGAGGCUGGAAGUUGGAGACUGGAGGCUGGUGGUUGCAGGCUGGAGGCUGGCGUUGGAGCGGUGCCCGGCGGGCGGGCGUGUGUGCGGGCGGAGCCAGAGCCGUGGGAACUGUCCGCAGAAUGCCGGGCGCCCCGGACAUCCCCGAGCGAGUGGCGCUGAAGAAGGAGAUCGGGCUGCCCAGCGCCUGUGCCAUCAUCGUGGGGAACAUCAUUGGAUCGGGGAUCUUCAUCUCACCCAAGGGCGUGUUGGAGCAGGUGGGCAGCGUGGGCCUGGCGCUGCUGGUCUGGGCUCUGGCCGGGCUCGUCACUGCCGUCGGCGCCCUGUGCUACGCUGAGCUCGGCGUCACCAUCCCGCAGUCCGGGGGCGACUAUGCCUACGUCAAGGAAGUGUUCGGGGGCUUGCCCGGGUUCCUGGUGCUCUGGAGCGCUCUGCUGGUCAUCUACCCCACCACUCAGGCCGUCAUGGCCUUGACCUUUGCCAGCUACGUGCUCCAGCCCGUCUUCCCCGCCUGCGUGCCGCCGUACAUCGCCUCCCGCUUCCUCGCCGCCCUCUGCCUCGCGCUACUGACGUGGGUGAACUGUUCCAGCGUGCGGUGGGUGACUCGCGUACAGGAUCUGUUCACGGCCGGGAAGCUGCUCGCCCUCGGACUCAUCAUCGUGAUGGGACUGGUGCAGAUCUGCAAAGGUCACUAUGAAGCGCUGACCCCCAGCGCGGCGUUCACCGGCUCCAGCAGCCCCGGCGUGGGCCACAUCGCGAUGGCCUUCCUCCAGGGAUCAUUCUCUUACAGCGGCUGGAACUUCCUCAACUACGUGACGGAGGAGUUGGUGGACGCACGGAGGAACAUCCCGCGGGCCAUCGCCAUCUCCAUCCCGCUCGUCACCUUUGUCUACGUCUUCUCCAACAUCGCCUAUGUGACGGCCAUGAGUCCCCAGGAGCUGCUGGACUCGGGCGCCGUGGCCGUGACGUUCGGGGAGAAGGUGCUGGGCUCGGUGCCCUGGAUCAUGCCCCUCUCCGUCGUCCUGUCCACCUUCGGGGGCAUCAACGGAUACCUGUUCACCUCAUCCAGGCUGUGCUACGCGGGGGCGCGGGGCGGGCACCUGCCCCGACUACUGGCCAUGAUCCACAUGAAGCGAUGCACCCCCAUCCCCGCGCUCCUCUGCUCCUGCGUCACGUCGCUCCUGAUGCUGAUCAUCGCGGACAUCUACACGCUCAUCAACUACGUGGUCUUCAUCAACUACCUGUGCUAUGGAGUCACCGUCUUCGCCCUCAUCGCCCUCCGCUGGACACAGCCCUGCAUCCACCGGCCCAUCAAGGUGAACCUGCUAUUCCCGGUGGCCUACCUGGUGUUCUGGGCGUUCCUGCUGCUCUUCAGCUUCUACACGGAGCCGCUGGUUUGCGGUACGGCCCUGGUCAUCAUCCUGGCCGGCGUUCCCGUCUACCUGCUCGGGAUCCACUGGGACCACAAGCCCGGCUGUUUCUAUGCGGCCAUCGAAUCGGCCACAGUGAUCGGACAGAAAUUGUGCUUCGUCCUUUACCCACAAGAGGAAAUCCCGGAGCAGAACGGGCGACCUCCGACCCCAAACCAUAGCGGGAAGUAGCUGGCGCGGAGGCCGUGAAACGGGAACCAGUGCCGGGGAUGCGUUGAGAUUGUAGAGUUUACGGUGCCCACACCGAGCGCCGCAGGUCAGGGCGGCUCAAGCGGGUUUCAGCGGCGCCCAGCAGCACC